GAGUAGUCCUAACUAGUCUAUUGUUAACAAGAAAUUCGAAAUGUUUCGUGUCCUAUUCGUAUUGACUGCCGUAGUUUAUGCUGUGGAGAGCACGUUCUUCAUCAAGCCAGCUCCGCCCAUCUUCAUACCUCCAAGCAAGUGUAAUAUCUAUCAAAAGAACUUGUGCUGGGUACUCGACGAAUGCGUGUGUCGUCCGAUCCAAAAUCCUUGCCUGAGGGAUGCUGAGAAUGAAUUCAGAAUCAAGACUUGCAGAAGACCACUCGUGCCUGUAUCGGAGGAGAUUUGUAAGUAUUUCAUUCCGAAGGUCUGUCUCCUCAAAAAGCCAGUGAUAGCGUCCGUACUUGUGCGCCCAAAAUGCGGCUGCAAGAGCUUGCCCGACGAGUUGAAGCAACGUAAGUUCAAGAGUUUGUGCGCACUUCAGAAAUUCUCAGCCCAAAACCGAACAGCUUAUCUGAACUACAAAGGAUGUCUCUUCUAAUCCAAUGUUAUUUGUUGACCAAUUAUAAUCUUGUUUUUAAUAAAGUUUAACUGCAUGCAUUCAAUU